AUGAAACUUAGCCCGACAUCGAGAUCCACUACUGAGCUAGUUGGAGUUGGAUUAGCCGUGGAUUCUGAUAACUUCCUAGUAAGGUUACGUACGGAGAAUGCACCUAGUAUAUUGUUGCAUGUGAAUAAGGUGGUGGAUGUACAGAGGCACGGUGCGGUGAGGAAAGAAAGUCGGUAUCAUAAGAGGAAAAUGAGCGGAUGUGAGGUUGCAAUUGAGUUGAAGGGCCAAAUCACCAUAAUCCUUCGUGAGGAAGCACCUUGA